UAUAAAACCAACUGCGCGGUAAAGAGAAGUUUUCCACAAUAUAAUAAUAAGUCGGGGGCAUUGGGGCGAUCAUCCACAUCCUCCCAACGCUUUCCUCCGUCUUCCUCAACCGGCGCGAUUAUCCAAUCCUUCCUCCUCAUCAGCUGUGACCAUUUGUGUUCAGAAGCAAAGAGAAUACUUGUCUGUUAGUUUGGUCCCCCCAAAUCUAGCAGGCGAGGUACAUGUCUGAACUCGACAUCCAGAUCCCUACUGCCUUUGACCCAUUUGCUGAGGCAAAUGCUGAGGACUCUGGUGCGGGGUCAAAGGAGUAUGUGCAUAUCCGCACACAGCAGCGUAAUGGUAGGAAAAGCCUGACCACUGUCCAGGGGUUGAAGAAGGAAUUCAGCUACAAUAAGAUACUUAAGGACCUUAAGAAGGAGUUUUGCUGCAAUGGUACUGUUGUCCAAGACCCAGAGCUGGGCCAGGUUAUCCAACUUCAAGGUGAUCAGCGGAAGAAUGUCUCGACCUUCCUUGUUCAGGCUGGUAUUGUGAAGAAGGAACACAUCAAGAUUCAUGGUUUUUAAAUAGCAGCAGUGGCUGUAUGUUUUGCGACUUUAAUGACACGAAUUAUAUGGGCUAUAGAAUAAGGCCCUGUUGCAUGUAUUCCCCAUCUUUGUUAAACUUUCUCAAUCUUAUGUUCAACAUGUUUCUGUUUUGAUGUUUUCUAUUGUUCAGUUAUAUUCUAUGUUUGGUGUUCGAUUUUCA